CUGAAUCUCCUCGAUUUGCUUUCGCAUGACAAUCAAUUCUUGAAUGAUCCUGACGCGGUAGGAAAUUAAACUUCUGGACUUGGUUAGGACAUGAAACCAUCAUGAAGCUCCAGAAGAAUUUCUUCUUUGUAGUGGUUACAGUCUGCGUACUCUUCGGUAUAAAAAUGCUUUUGGAUGACCUCAACAUAAGUUCACCCGCUCGACAUCAAAAGGCCGUGUUGUUGAAAAUAGGAGUCAAAGAGAAUGGAAACCCGCGACAAGAAUUUCAACGCCAACAUGACUUUAGGAAUGAGGAGUCUAACGAGGGUGAUGUCCGGGUAGCAAUAGUUGAGCCUCGCGAGGAAUCCUCCGUUCCGCCAACUUACCUAGGCAGCCCCAGUGAAAGCACGCCUCUGGCACGACCAGAUAUUAACGUGCUUAAGCGUGUUUACACGAGCAAGACACCACUAGAGAACCGGCUCCGUAAUAGUUUCCAUGAUGAUGAUGUUGCGGAAAAGAAAGGCGGUAAAAACAGCUCCAGCGGCACAAAAGUAAUGUCUGAAGACGAAGGCGCACCACGGCUUGGCUCUGCCUCAAGAAAUUUGUCGCAGGCUUUGUACAAACUUGCUCCUCAAUAAGCCUAAAAAUGUACCUCGACAAGCAGUCCAUCAACAUUGCACCAAGGCUUAAAAAUGGUCCGGAUCCAAACAUUAUCAUCGGAGAUUCGUCGGCUUCAACCCUCUGGGAUAUCAUAGAAUGGCGGCGUCUGUCCCACGCACCGGACAUACAGCCACCGCACAUUCUGUCUGAAAUAAUUGGAACGAUCCUCCCAGAUGCUCGGUUUAUAGUGAUACUCAGAGACCCUGUUGAUCGGUUGUAUUCAGACUUCAAUUACUUUAAUAGCUACGACUAUCACAAAGGCCCAUCGAUUUUCCAUGACUAUGUCAUGAAGUUCAUUGCCAAGUUCCAGUCCUGCCUUAGGAAACCCUUGGAUUAUCGCACCUGCACUUACGCUCUUCAGAAUGAAACUCGUACGAGAAUGAGCCUCGGCAUGUACUCAAUUUAUCUUCGUGAUUGGCUGAAAGUUUUCCCAUCUGACCAGUUCAAGGUUCUCCGAUUGGAGGAUUGGCACGCCAACUGCACUAGCAUACUUCCCAAAUUGUAUGACUUUCUACAGUUGAGGAGACUUGAUAAUUUAGAGAUAGCGAGAAUAUGCAGUCAAAGGUCCUCCAACGUCAACCGGAGACAAGUUAAACCAAUGCUUCAGAAAACCAGGCAGAUACUGACCGAUUUCUAUCUGCCAUCGAAAAUCGAUCUGGCGAAUCUGUUACGAGAUGACAGAUAUCUUUGGAAUGACCGCAUACGAGGAGUCCAUCUAUCCACUUUGCAAGCUGAGUUUUGAAGGAGACAUGUAACAGGAUUUCUAUGACUUGAAUACGGCUGGGAAACUUUCUUGUCCUGUUACUUCUGACUUCCCAUCUCCUUUGGGGCAGUAAAAAGGGAAAAAGUCUAUAUCGGUUUCCGUGAAUGAAACUUUCCAUAUUCAUGAACUAAAACGUGAUGUCAACCAAGGCAGAAUAGUAGUAGCUCUCAAGUAGCUCUGUGUUCAAAUGAUAAAAGUUUUCUACAUUUUCCUGGAUUAAGUUCCACUUUUUUAUCGUAAAGGAGCUUGUUUAGAAAAUAGUUAUGGCCAAUAAAAAUUUUGUCGGGGUAAUUGUAAAGGACGAAUUUUGUAUUCAUAAAUUCUCUUUGAGUUGUGCCUUGUGCGACAAAAGAAAAAUAACGCCUACCAAAAUAUACUGAUCAAAGUAUGUUCUAAGAAUGCAACAU